AUGCCACCGACCAAAACUCUGCGGGUCGAACCCGUCAUCUACCGCGACCCCGGCUUCCGCAUCACCACGAGCUGCACCGAGCCGGGCUUCAUCGCGAAGAGCGGCCCCCGCAACAACCACACCGUCAAGGACUUCGAAGCCCUCGACCAAACCCAGCCCCACAUCCACUGGAAGGCGCACAACCCUUCCUUCCUGAUCGAGCCCCAGGACGUCGUCGGCAUCCGGCAGCGCAUGCGCCCUAUCGUCGUGACCCUCGACGGGGUCUGCAAUGAAGACGCCGACCCGGGCAGCCGGGCCGUGUACGACCGCCCUUUCCACGCCGCCAUCGAGAUCUGGUAUGACGGCCGCCAGAAACAGCUGAUGCAGCCGACGCGUGUGGUGCGCCAGAUGCCGCAUUGGACUCGGGCCAGUCGCGCCGAUGACGGGACGGAGAGGGUCCUUUUCUUGUUUGACGAGGUUUGGGUGGAUAAGCCGGGAAAGUUUACUUUUCGGGUGAAUAUUUAUCUCCCGACUUCAGACUUGGACAAAAAGCCGUGGUGCAGAACCCUGUUCAGUCCUCGCGUUACGGUGACCAAGGAUAAGGUGAGGAUGGAGAAGGGUCCGACGGAGGCCACCGAAUUCGAGAAACUGGUGUGCGAGAAGCUGGCUAUCAGCCACGAAGCACCCGAGGUAGUCCCGUUUCUGGCCUUUUGGGAUGAAAUCCUGGACGCCUGUGAUAACUCUGAGGUUCUUUUGAGUUGA